UCGCUCACUCUCUCUCUCCCUCACAGUCUCACUCACCCAAAAAAUCUUUCUGAAAAUGGAUUUGGGAAUGGCGGCGAAGGACUCGACCUGGUGGAUAUUCACUCUGCCGGCGGUUAUUAGCUCCGACGCCAUCCUUGAUCAAUACGUCAUCGUUUCAAUCAUCGCCGCCUUCUUCUCCGUCGCGCUGCUGACGUGGGCCUUCUCCCCCGGCGGAGCUGCUUGGAGGAACGGCCGGAAUCGAACCGGCGCCGUUCCCAUCCCCGGUCCGCGCGGGCUUCCGGUUUUCGGCAGCCUUUUCACUCUGAGCCGCGGCCUGGCUCACCGAUCAUUGGCUUCCAUGGCUGACUCAAUGAACGCGAAGAAGCUUAUGGCUUUUAGCCUCGGCUCCACGCCGGUGGUGGUGGCUUCCGAUCCCCAGCUGGCUAAGGAGAUAUUGACUUCCCCGCACUUUGCGGAUCGUCCCAUUAAGCAGUCGGCUCGGAGCCUCAUGUUCAGCCGAGCCAUCGGAUUCGCUCCCAACGGCACUUACUGGCGCCUCCUCCGCCGCAUCGCCGCCUCGCACCUCUUCGCUCCGCGCCGCAUCGCCGCCCACGGGCCAGGUCGGCAAGGGGAUUGCGCCGCCAUGAUUAAGAACAUCGCGGCUGAGCAGUCGCGCCGUGGAGCCGUUACUCUGAGGAAGCAUUUACAAGGGGCGGCUCUCAAUAAUAUCAUGGGAAGCGUUUUUGGAAAACGAUACGACGUCGUAACGGAAAGUGAUGAACUUUUUGAGCUUCGGGGAAUGGUUAGGGAAGGGUUUGAGCUUCUUGGGGCUUUCAACUGGUCGGAUUAUCUGCCAUGGCUUCCCCAAUUUUACGAUCCUUGUAGAAUCGUGUCGCGCUGUGAAGCUCUAGUCCCUCGUGUGAGAGCCUUUGUCAAGAGAAUCAUCGAUCAGCACCGGGAGAGGACGAAUCCGGCCGACGGCAGCCAUGGCGUCUCAGAUUCUGCUGAUUUUGUGGAUAUUCUGCUGUCUUUGGACGGUGACGAAAAGCUCGGAGAAGACGAUAUGAUUGCAGUUCUUUGGGAGAUGAUUUUCAGAGGCACCGACACGACGGCGCUGCUGACGGAGUGGGUAAUGGCGGAACUGGUGUUGUACCCUGAGGUACAAGCUAGGCUUCGCCGGGAAAUAGAUCUCGCCGUCGGAUACAACAUUCCGCUCAAGGACUUCGAUGUGGCGGCGCUGCCGUACCUUCAGGCGGUUGUGAAGGAGACUUUGAGGGUUCAUCCGCCGGGGCCUCUUCUGUCCUGGGCCAGGCUGUCGACCUCCGAUGUCUCUCUCAGCAAUGGAAUGGUUGUCCCCGCCGGAACCACCGCCAUGGUCAACAUGUGGUCAAUCACCCACGAUCCUCAAAUUUGGGAGAAACCGGCGGAAUUCAGGCCGGAAAGGUUCUUGCCGGAGCUAGGCGGCGCGGAGGUAGACGUCCGCGGCUGCGAUCUGAGGUUGGCUCCUUUCGGCGCAGGGCGGCGCGUGUGCCCAGGGAAGAAUCUGGGGAUGACGACGGUGGCGCUGUGGGUAGCGAAACUUGUGCGGCAGUUUGUGUGGACGGAGGAUGCGUCGGCGCCGGUGAAGUUAGAGGAGGUGCUGAAGCUGUCGUGCGAGAUGAAGCAGCCGUUGUCUGCGGUGGCUAAGAUACGGAAUGUUCCAAUUUGAGUGAGGGAUUGGUAUGUCUGUUUGUUUAUGGAAGGGUUUGUUUGGUAGAAAAUAAUAUUAUAUUAAAUAUGAGUAUAUUAUAGUAUUUAGGGAAGUGAAUGUGUAGUAGAAAUGGGAACCCUAUUUUUGUGAUAGGGCGGACUGGGCAGGGCAUGUUUGGCUCCCAAUUUUGGUCACUCACUAGGGGAGGAGCCACUUUUAAUGUUUUUAUUAUAUUAUUAUUUAUAAAUACAUAUGUUAUGAAAUUGCAUUUGCAUUUCCUCUA